AUGCAGCAGGCGUUCAAAGGACUUGGCCACGCUCUGUGCGGAAUCCUUGCGCGCACUGGGCAGGUCCUAAUGAGAGUGGUGGAAUCGGCCAUGGCAUCCAAGAACAUCCACAAGAUCGAAGCGCAAGGCCGCAGAAGUGCUCGAGGUGGGACAUCUACAGAAGGAGAAGGAGACGGAGAAGAUGAAUGCUCUACGCAAGACAACGAUGAACUUCAAGGAUAUUCGCAGAUUGAAGCACAAGGCUGCAGAAGUGUUCGAGGAGGAGAUCGAGAAGCGCCGUCGAGGAGAAGGCCACAAAGCGCUAUCGUGGAGAACGCCAAUGAGGAGGACGAGGAAGUCGACGUCGUCAUUGUUUCCCCAGGACUGGAGAAUGUCAUGCGAGCCGGUCUCAAUCACCACAUCAUCUCCGUCUUCGGCACGGGAAAGAGCACAUUGCUGAACUGCCAGCCGGCUUGA